AUGUCUCUCUUCCAAACCUUCCCCUUCUCAACCGGAGAGUGGUCUCCCCUGUUCACUCUCCUCGACGACUACGACAACCAUCGAUCCCGCAAGGGCCAGGGCCCGACACCCAUCCGCUCUUUUGCCCCUCGCUUCGAUGUCCGCGAGACCAAGGACGCCUACCAUCUAGACGGCGAACUCCCCGGCAUCCAACAAAAGGACAUUGACAUUGAAUUCACGGACCCGCAGACCCUCGUCGUCAAGGGCCGUGUUGAGCGCGAAUAUUCCUCGGAGUCUGCCCCUUCUGGCGAGGAGCAACAGAAACAAGAGAAACAACCCGAGGGCCAGGGAGGCGAAGGAGGCGGCGGCAGCGAGGUCGCCAAGUCCGGCGACAAGCAAGUUUCCAAGACAGGUCCGAAGCCCCGCUACUGGGUGAGUGAGCGAUCUGUCGGCGAGUUCCAGCGCGCCUUUAGCUUCCCUGAACGGGUUAACCAGGACGAGGUCAAGGCUUCGCUGAAGGAUGGGAUCCUUUCGCUCGUCGUCCCCAAGGCUGCGCCGCCUGCUUCGAAGAAGAUCACUAUCCAGUAA